AUGACUGACUCAGAAUUUGGCAUUCUUGCCACUAUAAGAUUGCUGAAAGGGAAAGGAAUGGAGGACAGAAGGAAAAGGAAGCACACCAUCAGCGAGAAGCUCACUCCACUGACAGUGCAGCCUAGCGGGAGUAGCUCUGUACAGGCUUGGCCGAGAGAGCCGCGCAGCUCCAGCCCGCCGGGGCAGGCGCAGAUAAGUCCGCAAGCGGUGAAAUUUAACACCGGCCGGAUUUGCUCCUCGGAGUUGGCUCUUCUCCUCCCCAAAGAGAAGCAGCCGGCCGGGGCGGCACUCGGCGCUGAAAGCCUUCUCCGCAGUGGCCACCAGCCCCCUUCCACCGACUUGAUUGCAGUUGUGGUGUAUGUGUGUGCAUUACCUGCAUCUCCAGCAGUGUGGAGUUGGCUUCUGUUUUCGGUUAGCACUUCGCUGCUUGGACAGAUGCAUACAAAUGCAUUUAGGAGCCCACAGGACAAGGCGUGGAAAGGUCUUCCCCACGGUGAUCACGAUCACACUCACCUUCCAUCACUACAGCAAACGGCACCAACUCGUCCUGUUCUCUGCGCUUACACUGUCAUUUGGGACUUAGAAGCGGGAGAAGCGGGGCGGGUUUGGGGGAAGGGUGGAAGGGGGGCGGAGCUCAGGACCCGGUCAAAAUUGAAGGGGCCUGAUGUAGCUGCUUACUGUGGCUACCCCGGAGAUAAUUCUGUGCCUUGUAUACAGAAAGCCCUGUUCCUUUUUCUUACACUAUGUGCCAUAGAAGGUACUGGACAAAUCCCAGACCAAGGCAUAGAUGUUCUUUAUCAACUAGGCCUUGGAGGCAAAGAUGUAAGACAUCAACCAGUAGAGAAUGUGGUACUAUCAUCAUCUACUCCAUUACCUCAGAGGGUUCGUGUAGCAGAAACAGGUGUCAUUCUAACAAGUGAUACUCAUAUAGAGGCACCUACCAGGAGAAUUUUGCCAUCCAGUCUAGGACAGCAAUUCACGAUAGUAAUUGGAUUACUCUCACAUAGAAUCAACAAUGCUUUUCUCUUCAGUAUCAGAAAUAAAAAUAGACUGCAAUUGGGAGUACAAUUACUACCCAAAAAAGUGGUGAUCCAUAUUGGUGGGAAGUUGGCAGCAUCUUUCAAUUACAGUAUUCAUGAUGAACGGUGGCACUCCUUUGCCAUUGAUAUUCAAGACACAGUGGUCUCCAUGUUUGUCGAGUGUGGAAAGAAGCAAUUCAGCAAAGACAUUCUUUCAAGAAUGCAGGCAUUCAAUGCAGAUAGUGUGUUUACUUUGGGAAGUAUGGACUCCCAUUCAGUCCACUUUGAAGGAAUAAUUUGUCAACUGGAUAUAAUUCCCUCAGCUGAAGCAUCAGCAAACUAUUGUAGAUAUCGGAAACAGCAAUGUCGCCAUGUUGAUACCUACCGAUCAGAGACUGGGUUUCUUCACACCACCACAUUGCCUGGCCUCUUACUGGAAAAGUCUCCAUCACACAAGCAGUUUGGUGAAGAGGUACCAUCAGAGUAUAGAACAUAUUAUGAAGGAGAAGGAAACCCAAAUUCUGUAAAUAAAGAGGUUCUAUCGGGCCAUAAACUUCGAGCACCCUGGGAAUCAUCAAGUUCUUUAACAUCAUCUGUCCCCUGGGGAAACAUCUCUACUGGGGGUCUCAUGAAACCUGAAAUCCAAGUCACAAAGCUAACCACCAAAGAACAUAGCCUACCAAACUUAAAUCUGUCAGCUCCUCACCAUCAACUCAAAAAGGUGACAUUGAGCUCCAAUGAGAAAUCCGGCUCAAUCCAAAAUGUUUCAGACAAUGCUGUGGGACAUAAAGAAGGAAUAACCAGUCUCCCUUUGCCCAAGGAGAGGCCAUCUGUUGUCCCUCCCUUUACAAAAGAUGAUAAAAUUGAUGACUUACAAAAGGAUAUCGAAGUGAAUCAGCAUGCUGAAAAACUCACAGAUACGUCACAGAUUUUGAACACAACCUUGUAUCGGGUAACAACUGAACCAUUUGUGGAUCAUAAUCAUGAUCAGUGGAAAGGAGGCAAGGGUGAUAGCGAUGGUACUUACCACAUUGAGGAUAACUAUGAAACUGACUUUUAUGAUUAUUAUUACUAUGAGGAUCUGAACACGAUGCUUGAAAUGGGGAAUCUGAGAGGCCCCAAAGGGGAUCCUGGACCACCUGGUCUGCCAGGUCCUGUUGGUCUACCAGGUCCAUCAGGAAGGAGAGGUCCAAGGGGCAUGCCAGGACCACAUGGGAAUCCUGGAUUGCCUGGGCCACCUGGUCCAAAGGGCCCUAAAGGAGAUCCAGGAUUAUCUCCAGGUCAAGCUGCCGCUGGAGAAAAGGGUGAUCUAGGUCUCUUUGGGCUCAUAGGCCCCCCUGGUUUUCAAGGCGACAAGGGUAUCAAAGGAUAUCCAGGGCCUCCUGGUCCCCGAGGUGAUCAGGGGCUUCCUGGAAUGGCUGGUCUUGCUGGUUCACCUGGUUACCCUGGCAGGCAGGGUUUAGUUGGACCAGAAGGUAACCAAGGCCCUAAAGGUGCAAGAGGCUUCAUUGGCUCUCCUGGCAUGGCAGGACAACCAGGACCUGAAGGAGAAAGAGGUGCUCCUGGACCACGUGGAAGGAAGGGUCCAAAAGGAAGAAAGGGCUUUCCAGGAGAAUUUGGAGAACGAGGCCCUGCUGGUCCUGAUGGGAACCCUGGUUUUGUUGGUAGCAUUGGCCCCCCUGGAUUUCCUGGACUUAGGGGUGCUGUUGGCCCCACAGGAGCAAGUGGACCUUCUGGGAUUCCUGGGCCUAUGGGUCUUCCAGGGAAUAUGGGCCAACCUGGAAUCAAAGGUGAUAAGGGUGAACAAGGCAUUGCUGGAGAGCCAGGAGAACUGGGGUAUCCUGGAGACAAGGGAGCUCUUGGUUUGCCAGGACCACCAGGGAUGAGAGGAAAGCCAGGACCUUCUGGACAAGCAGGUGACCCAGGCCCCCAAGGACCAUCUGGACCACCAGGACCAGAGGGUUUUCCUGGAGAUAUUGGCAUUCCUGGGCAAAAUGGCCCUGAAGGACCAAAGGGACUUCUGGGAAAUCGAGGGCCUCCAGGACCCCCUGGUCCCAAAGGAAAUGAGGGAGAAGAAGGACCAGUCGGACCCUUUGGAGAGUUGGGUCCACGAGGAAAACCAGGUCAAAAAGGGUAUGCAGGUGAACCUGGACCAGAUGGCUUGAAGGGAGAACCAGGAGACCAAGGACACCUCGGAAAAGUUGGGGAAGCAGGACCUAUUGGUUUACCAGGAGAAGUUGGUAUAACUGGAAGCUCUGGUGAAAAGGGAGACCGUGGGAGCCCAGGCCCAGUGGGCCCACCUGGAGAAAAGGGAAUUAUGGGAUAUCCUGGACCUCCUGGAGACCCAGGGCCCAUAGGUCCUCUUGGAUUACCUGGUCACGUAGGUACAAGGGGGCUACCUGGGCUACAGGGUCCAAAGGGACGAAGGGGGCCUAGAGGUCUAGAUGGCCUCCCAGGAGAGCAAGGAAUGCAAGGUAUUAAGGGAGAAAAAGGUGAUCAGGGGAAAAAAGGUCUUUAUGGACUUAUCGGUAAGGCUGGAAACCCAGGAGAGAGAGGUGCUCAAGGUAAACCAGGCUUACAAGGAACCCCUGGAAGCAUAGGUGACAGAGGACCUCCUGGAGAACCAGGGGCACGGGGACAACAAGGUGAUGCUGGUCCUAUUGGAGAAAUGGGUCCUGAGGGACCUCCAGGCAUUGAGGGAGAGCCCGGUCUACAAGGAGAGCCAGGUGCAAAGGGAGAACCUGGGCCAGUAGGAGGUGUUGGAGCAUCUGGAGAACCAGGAUUAAGAGGUGAACCAGGAACUCCCGGAGAAGAUGGUCUUCAAGGAAAAGAUGGAGCAAAGGGUCACAUAGGAGACAGGGGACCUCCUGGAGAGCCUGGGGAGCAAGGAGAGGCAGGUUUACCAGGAAUUAUAGGACCUUCAGGUGGACCAGGAACAAUUGGCCCUCCAGGGACAGAAGGAGCUUUUGGAAAUCCAGGUCAAAGGGGUCGCCCAGGAAAAAAGGGAGAAAAGGGACAACUGGGACCAGCAGGAGAAAUUGGAAGCACAGGUGCUCCAGGCCAAAUUGGGGAAAUUGGUCCUAAAGGUGCCAGAGGAACCAGAGGUCCUGUGGGAAAUUUAGGAUUAAUGGGACCUGAAGGGGAACCAGGAAUUCCAGGAUAUGCGGGUCAUCAAGGUCAACCAGGACCUCCUGGGUUGCCAGGACCUAAAGGAGAAAAGGGUUAUCCAGGAGAAGAUAACAAAGUUCUAGGACCGCCGGGGCCCCUAGGUGAACCAGGUCCAGUAGGCAAACGAGGAGAAAGAGGAGAAUCUGGAGCUGAAGGAUAUAAGGGUCAUGUGGGUGUGCCAGGACCAAGAGGAGCCAUUGGGCAACAAGGGGCCCCAGGUGAACCAGGUGAAAUGGGUGAACCAGGACCUAAAGGAGAGAGAGGAUCUGAAGGUCCAAAAGGGAAGAAAGGAGCACCUGGUCCAUCUGGGAAACCUGGGAUUCCUGGACUCAUGGGCCCACCAGGACAAAAAGGUGAGCCAGGAUACCAUGGAGCAGAAGGCAUCCUUGGAAACUCUGGAAAAGUUGGGCUACCGGGAAGACCAGGACUUCCUGGUAUCAAAGGUAACACUGGAAGAAUAGGAAUAACUGGGUCUCCAGGAGCUCGAGGAACAAAAGGCUCAUCAGGCAUGCCAGGAGCCCCAGGGGUUCCAGGACCAAAGGGCGAGCAAGGGCUACCAGGUCAUCCUGGGAAGCCAGGUAAAAGAGGUCACCCUGGAAUGCAAGGCGAUCAAGGAGCACAUGGAGAUCAUGGGAUGAAAGGGCAGUCUGGGGACCACGGUGACCAAGGUUUGAUGGGUUUCCAAGGAUUCCCAGGUCCAAAAGGGCCUGAAGGAGAUGUUGGCAUGGUUGGAAUCCUAGGCCCUAAAGGUCCUGUUGGCCAAAUAGGAAACACCGGCCCCCUUGGUAGAGAAGGCAUAAUAGGUCCAACAGGCAAAACUGGACCCAGAGGUGAAAAGGGCCAUAGAGGUGAAAUGGGUCCCCAAGGACCAAGAGGUCAUCCUGGGCCACCUGGUCCACCAGGGGCACCAGGACCUCGAAAACAAAUGGAUAUCAAUGCUGCUAUUCAAGCCUUGAUUGAAUCAAAUACUGCACUACAGAUGGAGAGCUACCAGAAUACUGAAGUGACUUUACUGGACCACAGUGCAGAAAUAUUCAAAACCCUGCACUAUCUUAGUAAUUUACUAUACAGCAUCAAGAACCCUCUUGGCACACGAGAUAACCCAGCUCGCAUCUGUAGAGAUUUGCUCAACUGUGAACGCAAAGUGUCAAAUGGAAAAUACUGGAUUGACCCAAAUCUUGGGUGUCCUUCAGAUGCCAUUGAAGUUUUCUGCAAUUUCAGUGCUGGUGGUCAAACAUGCUUGUCUCCUGUAUCUGUGACAAAGUUGGAGUUUGGAAUUGGGAAAGUCCAGAUGAACUUCCUUCAUUUGCUGAGCUCAGAAGCCACCCACACCAUCACUAUUCAUUGUCUGAACACACCAGUAUGGACAACUCAAAGGACUAGUGCCCCAGGAUUACCUGUUAGUUUCAAGGGAUGGAAUGGCCAGGUCUUCGAAGAAAACACCCUACUUGAACCAAAGGUGCUUACAGAUGAAUGCAAGAUUCAAGAUGGCAGCUGGCACAAAGCAAAAUUCCUUUUUCACACUCAGGACCCUAAUCAGCUCCCAGUGAUUGAAGUACAUAAACUUCCUCAUCUCAAAACGGGACAGAAACACUACAUUGAAAGCAGUUCUGUGUGCUUUCUCUAAGGACUC